ACAAAGGAAGUAAAACCCAAGGCAUAACUUUGACAGAGAACAUGAUGCCUGUCUAGUGCUGUCGUGGCCUUCCUUCUGCUCUGUUUACCGAUGUUGUCGAACGUCUCAAGUAAGCGAGCUGCCGAUUGAUCAGUCGGCAGUAAUUAGCCAAUCGAACCGCGUGUUGCACAAAAGCACCUUCACAUCGAAAUUGUUUACAAAUGGCUACUGGGCCGCAAGGAUAUCCAAAAUGGUUAUUAAAUUGCAAACAGAACAUCGGCGAUUCGAAGGAUUGGAAUGUUUUUCUGCGGGAGUUACAUGAUGCGAUUCAGCAGCAGCUGACAGAAAGUCAUGUCCAGUAUUUCAGUGACUUGUCAGAACCAGAGAAAGAACUCUUCAUGGAAAGAGCAACAAAAGCUUUGGAAGGAGGGACCUCAUACAACAACUUAAUGAAGAAGGUGUCCCUGUUGAUGGACCAAAGUCUAAAUGAAGAGGUAUCCAGACAGCUCCUAGAAGAUUCACCGAUCGACACAAAGUCUGAUCUUAUUAUUGAGAAUGCUGAAGAAGGAGCACUUAGCCUGCUGAAGAAAUGGCCAGAGAUGAAGGAGAAACUUCAUGUUUGUUUAAAUCAGCCCCUCCCCCCUCCACUUCGUCAGCUGGCCUGGCGACUUUAUCUCAGUAACACCAAAGUGAGAAAGCAGUAUGUAGACUUGUUGAACACAAAUCCGAGAGCUGCAAUAUCUCAGUAUGAUUAUGAGAUAUCUCAGAAGUGUGAACAACUCAUCAACUCUGAGCCAACCUUUAGUGAUCUCAGGGGAUCUGUGGGUAAUUUCUAUGGAAUGAAGGCUGUUUUGUCAUAUCACCAUUCUGCUCAGAAAACAAAGAACAGAUUGAGAGAUGUUGAUCACCUGCUGGUCGUCCCAUUCCUGGAGGUGGCAAGCUCAAGUAUACCUAGAAAAGAACCACCGGCGGGGAGAGUUGUGGCCCUUUUGGUGGAGGAGUUUGAGACAUUGAUGGGCGGACGUCCAGGAUUUGUAGAGGACUCUGGAUCUGAUUUGCACAAUGAGGAAGUAAGAGCAUUCAUUGACAAAGUGGCUACAAUGCUCUCAGCUAAAUACCCAGAAUCAGUCAAAAACAUUGUGGACAAAUUCAGCCCAUCAAAAGAGAAGAUUGUUGCCACAGAGACGGGUAAUCAAGCCUUACUGAGAGAAGGCCUGAUGGAGAUUUGUCGCCCUAUGUUAAGAAGUCUCUUUGUCACCUACUUGAACCGAGAUACACUGCUGUAUGUGUGGGAUAACUACAUCAUUGGGCUGGACACCCCUGGCUUCUCCACAGAGUGGCUGGCCAUAGUCCUAGUGACUAUACUGGGUCUCACUAAAGAUAAAAUCAAAGAGGCAACAUCUCCUGCUAUGUUAGAAAAAAUCCUAAAAACAGAGAGUUGUAAACUGACAGUGCCACAGAUACAGUACGAGGUUAAGCAGUACUACUAUAAGGACCUGUUUUCCAUGCUCACUAGAGAUUCUAAGGCUGCCAUUCCUGUCUUAGAUCCAACACAAGCUCUGCACCCUCCAUGGAGGCACUGGUACAAUGAUGUCAUCCCUCCCUUUACUAAACCCCAGGACCGACGGAAGGCUAAUGUCACUAGACAAAUUGAGAGAGAAAGGUUGGCACAACAACAGAAGGAUGCAGAGACAGCAAGGAGAGAACAGGAAGCUAGAGACAGAAGGCAUAGACUGAGACUUUAUGGUUUUAUAAAUAUUCCCAAAUCUAAAGAGGAAGAGGAGGAGUACCUGAAGUUGUCUGCCCUUGACAGACAACGAGUGGAACAGGAGCGGAUCAAACUAGAGGAGCAGAUACAGGAGGAGAGAAGACGGAGAGUGGAGGCCGAGAGACGAGCAGCACAGGAAAUAGAAAAUUUACGGCUCGAGAUUGCCGCCUUAAAGAACCAAAAACCUCCUACUCCUGCAUACAGUCCUACCCCAAGUGUGUCUUCAUAUGUCAGUCGUCAACUUCUUGCUCCACCCCCUUCUCGGGUCUCCACUCACGCGCCGCCCCCGGUGAUGGUGGUUAAGGAGGUUAGGACCCCGACCCCUGUACAAACACCAGUGGAACAGAAAAACAAAAUCGUGGCAGACUUCCUUAAUCGGGUUUUAUUAGGCCUGAAUAAAGUUGCUCAUGCAGAGGAUCAAUAUGUGGAGAAAGAAGAACUAGACAGGGCCACACAGGGUUACCUCAUACAAAAUGUCAAAGACAUCAAACGAGCUCAGAAACAGUUGUUCGGUCAGCACCUUAAGCCGGGAGAGUUUGAGAAGUUAUCUCCCAAAGAACAACAGGAAAAGAGUGAAGCCAUGAUAAAACUGAUGCAAACCUGGCGAGAGGAAAGGAGGGAGAAGGAACUAGCCCAGGAUAAAGAUGCGUUCUAAAUCUGGUCCAGUGUGAGGAGGAUUUAGAAACGUGCUAGGGAAUUAGCCCAGGAUAAAGAUGCUUUCUAAAUCUGGUCCAGAGUUACGAUGCUUUAUAAACACUUGCUAUUUAAGGACAAAAAGACACUUUUAGUGAAUAAUUUAUUUAUAGAUGUAAUAUCCUUUUAGUGUUUGCUAUUUCUCUGCUGGUCAGAGAAUUUGAAGUCACUCAAUUAAAAAAAAAAAGAAGAAGAAAAAAUUCUUCAAGACUCAAUGAAUUGAUUUUUUAAUUUAACUUAGUCUAAGAAUUACAUUAUAAAAAUAAUUCAAGAAAACAUUCUUUAAAUUUGCCAUAAUGGUUUUAGGGAUUAA